AUGAAGCUGGCCUACCUUGCAGCGGCUUUGACCUCCGCCCUACGCGCAGGGGCCGCGGUCGCCGGACCAUCCCCCGCUGCCCGUGUUGUCGCUCGCCAGUUCGAUGGAGGCGACGGGUCAUCUUCUUGCUCUUGGACAGACCACUGCCUUGGGGACUCCUGCGACUCCGACGAAGAUUGCGACGGCGACCUUGCCUGCCGGGAUGGCGAAUGCGCCAGCCCGGACUCCAGUCAGCCUGGAGGCCCAACCGCCAACCCGACGACCAUCGUCGUGACCACGACCGUCUAUGUCACUUCAACCCCAGGUGUUCCCACAGACUCAACCGGGGGGGGGCCAGCCGACCGGGUCACCAGGCGGCGCAACACCUGCGUGUGGCUCCAGCCCAGCUGCCUGCAUUGGUACGCGUGGAGCACUUACUCGCGAUAUGACGGCGGCAUCCUGACGCUGACGCUCAAUGUAGGGUUCUCGUGUCAUUCAGAUGCCGACUGCGGCUACAGCUUGAUCAUCUGUAGGAACGGAGUCUGCAGUUUGUAA